GAUCCACCCCCGGGGGAGGAGGGGGAGGCGGCGAUGGAAGGAGCGGCGGCGGCGGCCGGAGGGAGCGCUGUGUCCCGGCCAGGCCUCGCCUUGUAUCCGGCGGAAAAGAAGCAGCACUGCGCCCGCGGAGGAGGGGGCGGGCUGGGCUCUCGGACGCCUGGGUCCCUUGGAGAAAGGCAUCGCGGUCCCCCCCCCUUCCUUGUUUUCAAGAGGGGCGGGCAUUCCUGCUGGGGCCUCCUUUCCGGGGGGGGCAGUAGUUUCCCGGACUAGGUUGGGGGGGAGGGCAGCGGCGGGAUCGCGGGGCGAGAGCGAGGGGAGGGGGGAUCAGGCCCCGGCUGCCCCGGUGCGGCCGCAUCCUGCCUGGAGGAAGCUCCGCUGGGCGCCGCGGGACUCGCUUCUGCGUCAAGGCGCCUCUGGCAAGAGGCAGGAGGGGCAAAGGCGCUUGAAAUGGGUUUCCCCGGUUGCAGAUCGAAACGGGAUUUAAAUUAAAAGUGCGAUUAGGAUCCGGCAGGUUGAGCACUCUUGCUGGGAGGGGGGGCGGGGGCCGGAGUCCCUGCUCACUUGCCAGGGUGGGGCUGAAGCGACUCUAAGCGCAGACCCACCACAUGCAUUUGAAUGAACUGCACGUGUGCUAAGUUGCAUUUCCAGAGCUGCUGGGAAAUCCAGGUGAUGGGUUGCUAGGGUUUCACCCGCAAAGUAUUAUGGGCACUUUAUAGCUUUGUGAGGGGUAAGCUGCAGUGCCCAGGAUGCUUUGUGAGGAGAGAAAUGGGGAUAAGUUGCCCUUUAAUGCAAAUAGGACAGAAUGGUGACUGAGAGGGGUGAAGGGAAAGAGGUAGGAAGGCCUUGAAUUAAAUCCACAUGCCCUGGGCCCCCUCCGGUUCUAGUUAUAACAAUACUUCCCCUGCUUCCCUGAUGCAAAACCCCCCUCUGAAAAAGAGUAGGCAAAAGAGGUUGGCACAAAAGUGGCCCCCCUCUGCCCUCCACCCUGCAAUUUGAACAUUGGUCUUGAGUUUUCUCACAUCCACAGUCAUGGAGAAGCAGGGAUUCUAAUCCGUGUCAGAUCUCCUCAGUCAAAAACUAGGGACUAGAAGCUCUCCCAGAAAUAUUAAACCUGUGAAUACAAAGGUGACCUUGAAUCAGAAAGUCUCUUGUUGGAAAGGUGGGCAGUGUGUGCCUGUGGGGGGGGGGUUAUUGUACGUUUUAUGCUCCUUAUCGCUACCCCCAACAUCAGUGAGCUGAAGAUCCCUUUCCCAUCAUCAUCAUUGGCCCAGAUUGCGCUGGGCUCCCUGGCCCCUGACCCCGAGCCCCGCAAAGAAGGGAUCAGCAAGGAACUGGACGUGACGGAGGACAUCUUGCAUGUGUGAGUAUUGGCCAGGCGCCCCCUUCUGCAAGAGGCAAGGUGUGGUGGCAGUCGGGGCAGAUGGUGGGCUCUGAGUCCUGGGUGCAGCCUGCAGGAAGGUCUCCUGCACAAGCUGCAGGAGGAUGAGAGAGCAAUGGAUGGCAUGUUGGACUUGAACCAGGGUUUAAACAACAACAACAGUUUUAUUAUUUGUACCCCGCCCAUCUGACCAGGUUGCCCCAGCCACUCUGAGCAGCUUCCAGUAGAUAUAAAAACAUAAAACAUUUAAAACUUCUCUAUACAGGGCUGCUUUUAGAUAUCUUCUAGAAGUUGUAUAUUUAUCUUCUUGACAUCUGAUGGGAGGACGUUCCACAGGGCGGGUGCCACCACCAAGGAGGCCCUCUGCCUGGAUCUCUGUAACCUCAUUUCUCACAGGAGGGAACUGCCAGAAGGCCCUUGGAGCUGAACCCUUUUGAAUGAGUCUGUUUCUUGGCCUGACCUACCCCGCAGGGCUGUUUGGAGCAUAACGUGGAGGAAGAGUGGGGUGCAAGUAAAAUAAAGUGGGGUGCUGAGCAAGACCUGCGUUUGGAUCCUUGUGCUUCUGCACACAGGACAACUUCCUGGCGACGUAGGAAUCUGCCUACCACCCAUUUAGCACCAUCUGCAGUUUUUCAGCUGGACAGACAGGCGUAGCUCCCAGACCGACCAGGGAUUGACCAUCUGCAUGCAAAGUGGCUGCUCUCCCACUGAGCUGGGCCCCUUCUGCACCCCGACCUUCUGUUGUCUCCCCUUGCUGACUUAGCUGCCAAAAUCAUUCAUCUCUCACAGCACUCCGAUAACAUGAUGCUCCUCCCUGCCUGCUCCCGGAUGCAUCACAAACGCCUUGCUCUUGCCUUCAGAGCCCUUUGUGGCCAUGCUUUCCCAUCCUUAGGACAGCAUUCUUGUAUCCUGAUAUGUCUCUGCCUGUGAUCUUUGCUCCUCAACAUCUAGACGUCUUCUGUUCCUCGAAACAAGUCUGCCUUUUCCUCCCUGGUGCCCCAUAUGCCUGGUACCCCCUCUCAGAACCCUUCUGUGCAUCCUCCUCGCUUAUUUCCUUCAAGCCCUCCCUCCCAUCACCUUUCCCAUGAAGCCCUUGGAGCAGGGACACUGCAGCAGCCAGGCCUCUAACUAGAGCUCAGCACUUGUCAGUCGAAUCAUCGCCUCCUUCGCCUGACCCCACGUCCCCCUCCUUCCUCUGUUGUGCCAAAUUUUAAACUGUAAGCCUGUCUGGGCAGAGAUCUAUCACCUCGUAUUUUCUGUAAAGUGCUAUACAUGCUAUAUAGAUGAGGAGGAGGAUAAUAAGAAUAAUUCCUCCCUUCCUCUCUGUUGAGUGCUUUACAUUCAGGUGGUGCUAUGAUAAAAAUAAAUUAAUUAAGUGAGACAGUAUAUUUUCUGGCCUCAAAAUGUAUUGGACCAGGUGCCCAGUGUCUGCCAAGAGUAAAAGGGAAGCUCAAGGACUGGAAUAGAAUGAGGAUAUUGGCAGAAGGAGUGGCAUGUUCAUUGGACUCUUAAGUGUAGUGCAAGUGUUGACAUUUUAUGUUAGAGUCUACACAAUAUAUAUAUAUUAUUAUUAUUAUUUUGCAGUCGAUGGAGAGCAGAUGAAGCCCGGAUUCUGCGUGUGUCCAUCAACUCCUUCCUGGAGCAUCUCUGCUUGGUGGUGGAAACGAUGGACCUGUUUGGGCCUCCUGUGGCUUGAUAGCUUGAUAGGAGGUUGCAACAGGAAGCUUCCCUAUAGUCUUGGCUGGAUUCUGGACUUGCCCAUGGGCUACUGAUGUCAGAGGAGGCGCUGAACAUGCCAUCCUUAGAGCCAAGAUGUUGCUUUGUGAUCUGGAGCCAGCGGAGAACUCUUUGGUCUCGGAUACUCUUGGACAUUGAUAGAUUUUGGGUGCUGAGAAGCAGGCAAGCCUGGGACUGCCUUGAUAUAAUACAAAGUACAUAGAACUGGAGCUUUAAUAAAUUGUCCAGUGUGCUUUACUUUAUAGUCUGGAGCCGGCUCACCAUAUUGAUUAAUCAAUUACACAAACACCAGCAAAAUCUUAAUCAUAGUGUUUCUCCAGGUGUUGCUGGACUCCAGUUCCCUUCAGCCCCAUCCAGCAUGGCCGAGGGUCAGGGCUAAUGGGAGUUGUAGUCCUUGCAGCACCUGGAGAGACACAGGUUCCCCAUCCCCCUUGCUGCGUCUCUCUGUCUCUCUUGCCACCAGGGGGAAAGCAGCUAAUAGCUGGCAGUGAGGAAGAGGAGGGGGCCAAGCGGCAGAGGAGCCAAAACGGAUGGCAUGGCCUUGAAGUCCUAUUUAUAUAGCAAGAUUUACUUUCAUUUUUUCUUUCUGGCAUGGCUCCUACUUGUUAAACAGCAAGCAAAACUUCCCCACCUCGGUCACCAUCUUUGCAUUCUGGUGAAAGCUUCACCUGUUGGAUUUCUGUUUGGCAUUUGUCGUAAGUUACACUUGUAGCUUGCAGCUCCCUCUUGAAGGCACACCUGCUGAAACCUGGGUUUGUGCUUGUGUAAAAAGACCCAAGAGCGCUUCUUGCCAGCCAUUGCUGUUCCUGAACCAGGAUAGUUUUGCCCCAGUUACCCAUGCUCUGGUAACCUCCAGAGUGGGAUUACUGCCAUGCACUGUAAGUCGGGCAAUCCUUGAAGACCGUUUCAGAAAUGAUUAGUGCAGACACAAGUAUUUAGUUUUGUAGUUUGCUUUCAGGGCUGGUACACACACAAAUAUUCAUCACCAGAUCACUGCAACACCCAGCAAUCAGUUUCACCUGUGAAUGGACACCACAGACUUGGACUUUUACCAUGCUUCCAAUGGCUUCCAGCGUCUGGAGGGUCACAGCUUCCUGGCUCCUGCAUUAAGAACCAACCAUGCACGUGUUGUGUGAACAGGCCUGCCAAGAAGGGGGGGGGGGGUGGCUGGUUACUUGUCUCUCUAUUGCAUUUGCAAAGCCCCAUCCCAGUAGGGAACAAAUGGUGCAAAAACAUUUGUGUACCAUUUUGGCAAAAUAAAUAAACAAAUAAAUCCUGAAAUCAACAUAAUUGGUUAUAAACUC